GCUCUUUCUGACUCAGCAGCAUCACAGAGCUUCCUGACACCAACAACAAGCAGACGACUUCAGAUCUCCAUCACAUCAUCACUUCAUCAUCACCAUGUCAACACGGAACUUUAACAUCACAUUAAAGUAUCAGGAGAUCAUCUCCAGAAGUAUUCGGAUCUCCUCAGGAUCUCCUUCUGUCUACCAGCUGAAACCAAAGAAAGAGAAGACUGGAUCUCUGACUAGAAUGACUGUUGGAGAAAGAAACAUGAACAAGACCAAUAGAACCAUCUUACUGGUUGGAGAAACGGGAUCAGGGAAAUCUACUCUGAUCAACUCUCUUUUCAACUACACCAUGGGAGUGAAGUUUGAGGAUAAAGUCUGGUUUCAGAUCGUAGACGAGGAGGGAAGAAGUCAGUCAGAAAGUCAGACAUUAGAUGUGAUCGUGUACCAGAUCUUUGGUUUUGAAGAUAAAACUCUGCCCUACUCUCUGACCAUCAUCGAUACUCCUGGAUACAACAGCACCAGAGGAAUCAAAAAAGACAGUAUGAUCAGCCAAAAACUAUUUGACUUGUUUAGAUCAAAGGAUGGAGUUCAUGAAGUUGAUGCAGUGGGUCUGGUGAUGAAGGCCAGUGAUAAUCGACUCAGUGAUCGACUGAUGUACGUCUUAAAUUCAGUGACGUCUCUUUUUGGAAAAGAUCUGGAGAAAAACAUUGUAGCUCUCAUCACACACUCAGAUGCAAGAAGACCUGAAAAUGUUCUUAAAGCUCUUGAAGCUGCAAAAAUUAAAUGUGCAAAAAAUGAGAAGAAUCAACCUGUUUACUUCCUGUUUAAUAACUGUCAGGAUGAAGAAAGAACAGAGGAAGAAGAAGAAGAAUUCCUGGAAGUUGCUGAUAAAAUAUCAGUAAAUGGAAUGAGAGCGUUGACAACUUUUCUGGAAAAAACUGCUCCACAGAAACUGAUGAAAACUGUGAAUGUUCUGAAAGAACGUAUCAUACUGACAGCCUGCAUCCAAAACAUGGAAGAGAGAAUCAAACUGACUGAAAUGAAACAAAGAAACAUCAAACAGAUUAACGAAGCUGUGAAGAAACAUGAAGAAGAGAUGAAAAAGAAUGGAAAAUUCAUUGUAGAAGUUGAUGAGGUCUACAAAGAAAGAGAACCUAUUGGUGGUGGGAUGUGUGGGUUGCCUUUCACCAGAGCUCUCUGUUGUACUGUCUGUGAGGAGAACUGUCACUAUCCAUGCAAAGUGGGCAGGAAACCUAAAGACUGUGAGGUCAUGUAUAGAGGUCGUUGUACUGUUUGUACCAACAAGUGUCCUGCAUCAGCUCAUGUGAAGGAGACGUGGAAAUAUGUGACUGAGACGAACAGAGUUCAGAAAACUUCAGCAGAAAUGAAACAGAUGUAUGAGAAGAAUAAAUCAGAAAAAUGGAAGAAGUUGAGGCUUUUGGAAAAUCUUGAGAAAGAAAUGAACCAACUGACAUCAGAGAAGUCCCAGCGCCUGGAUGAGGCCUACCAACAUGUUGUCAACCUGGAGCAGAUCGCCCUGAAUGUUGAUUCAGUGUCCACUCAUGUCCACUUGGACUUCCUGAUUGACAAGAUGAAGGAGAGAGGAGACAGAGAGAAGGUCCAGAAACUGGAGAGAAUUAAAAACAGAGUGGAUGAAGGAACCAGAGCAGCACUGAAAUACAUGAAGACUAAACAGGAUCUGGAAAAUAAGUUAAAGACUUAUUGAUUGAAGUGGCCAAUGUCAUUCUGAUUUUUCAGCUGUCAACACUCUUUAAUUGUGAAUAGAAUGACUAGUUGGAAUAUUUCACAUAACUCAGUGGAAGUAUUUCAAUCAUUAUAUGUUGCAAACUGUAAAUGGGUUUUAGGUGGUUGACAUAAUCUUUGCGCUAGGACCUCGAAGCAUACCCAUUUAUCAUGCUUGUUUAAGACAGUUUCAUUGUAACAUCUAUUAGAGAAUGGUGAUGAGGUUUGUAUCAGUAAUUUACAAUGAGUAUAAAACCUUUUGCGAUCAAAGCAACGGACAACCCCAGGAUGAUGGGAAAAUUAGAACAGAUUAUUAUUAUUCAACAUUACCACAUGGUAUAAACCACGUGUCAGAAGAGGAACGCUAUCAGAUCCAUGAACACAGGUUUAACAAGGAGUUGUAGAUCUAAAUCUUAAUCUAAAUGGAAUGACUCGUUGGAAUAUUUCACAUGACUCAGUGGAAACAUUUGGAUCAUUUUAUGUUGUUGUGAUUUUUUUUAAUUCACUAUAUUCUGUUCUUCACAUUCAAUCGUCUCCUGGUUGAAGCAGUUUUCUGUGAAUCUGGAAUAGAAUCUCUGCUUCAUGAAACUAUUUUUUUUUUGGCUGUUGACCCCUUCAUUUUGAUUUUAGUGAGAUUCACAGAACCCAAAUAGGUUUCAUACUUUAACUGAGUUAUGCAGUCAAUCCCCAAAUUCAUGUUCUUUGAUCAUGAUUUUUGUUACUUGCUACUAAACUAUAUAAAAAAACUGUUCAAGUGUAUUUUGAUGUAAAAGUGUUUGGUAGUAAUUAGAAUGUUUUAGUGAACAACAAUAAAAGCCCUGUAAAUAUGAUGUUCCAUCAAAAUGUAACAGUACCCACAAUCCUCUCUGCUCCACUCUGUCAUGCUGGUGUUUUUUUUUUAUUAUUAUUAUUUUACUAUAUUCUGUUCUUCACAUUCAAUCGUCUCCUGGUUGAAGCAGUUUUCUGUGAAUCUUGAAUAAAAUCUCUGCUUCAUGAAAUCAAUUUGUUCAGAGUGUCUUCACUGGGUCAUUAGCUGCUUUUCAACUUCUGAACUAUUUUUCUGUAAAUGUUGAUGUAUUUUAACUGUACAUACUUUUACUUGUGACAUACUUAAUCAUAAAUCACAGUCUACACUGAGCUUUGGUUUUACUUACAGGGGAUUCAAGGAACAUUUGAAGCUGUUGUGUUUUUGUUUUAGCAAUUGUGUAAUCUUAAGCUUUAGUGGUUUUGGUAUUAAAUAAAAGUACUGAACAGA